AUGAAGUUUAUGAAUGAUAAUGACUAUCAUGAUGUUGGGAAUUUUGGUCCUAGGUACACGUGGUGCAAUAAUAAGGUUGGAGGGGGACGGAUUCUAGAAAGAUUGGAUAGGUGUAUUCUCAACUCAUUGUCCAUUAACGAAAUUCAAAUUGCUGUGGUAAGACACUUAGACAGAGUGGCUUCAGACCAUAGUCCUAUUGUGUUGAAGAUCUAUGAGUCGGUUUCAAGAGGGAGAAGAUGUAUUAAAUUUGAAGAUGCUUGGUUAUCUUAUAAGAUAGCAACCCAUAUUGUUUCUAAUAGGUGGAAGAAGGUUUUUAUGGGGGAUGACAUGGAAGUUCUUAACAAAAAAAUGCAAAGGACUUUGAAGGACUUGUUUUACUUGAGCGAGGUGAGAUUGAAAGAAUUCUCAAAGGUGAAAGAUAGAUUGAAGGCUAAAAUUUUUCAAAUCCAAGAGGAAGAAGCUAGAAAUGGAUGGUUGAAUGAAGACAAAUUAUUGGUGCUUAGAGCUAAGGUCAAAGAUCUUAAUGUCAUUCUUAAUUGUUUGAAUACACUACGGGAAAACACGCGAUUACCGUCGGAUUUUUCAGCGAAAUUUUUUGCACUGGAACGAAAAAAUUACGGAAGAAUGCUCAUGAAUCUUGCGACGAAAAAAUUACGACGCAUUUGCCGGCGCAUAAUACGACAGAAAUUAUCCGGCGUCGCCAUGCGACGGUAA